AUGCCACCGUGCACGUGGAUCCGGUUCCCGCAAUUCUUCUCUGAAGAGAUGCCGCCGAGAGGGCCGCUCGAGUUGUGGCUGCAGCACGCCGAGUGCGACACCCCGGCGACAGGGGCAGAGGUUGAGGUCGUCUCCCCGGGCAAGAUCUUCAUGACCCGCAGAUGGGGUGACGUCGCCCGCGCCUGCCGUGCGGAGGGCGCGCUCGCCAUCCACAUUCGACCGUAUUGCUCAAUUGUUGUAUCCCUUGUCGUCAUACCCGUAUCGCGCCCAAGAAUCAGUGAGCACACAAACGAGGAGGAGCGCGCCGCCGACGAGAUCAUCAAGAAUCAGUUGGAAGCCCAUUUUGAGAAGGUGCAGAGGAUCUCGGAUACAACCACGCUGCCAUUUGCUAUGCACUACCUACGUUCGUGGAUAAUGGAGGAGCUGGAUAUUUCGCACCUGACCGAGAGGCUGCUGCAAGGGAAGGGAGAGAUGACGCCAGAGGACAAGUACGAGACCUGGGAGAAGAUCAAAAUUCUGAGUUUCACAAGGACAGUGUCUUCAAUGUGGGCCAUGACAUUGCUGAGCUUAUAUGUUAGAGUCCAGGUCACCAUAUUAGGCAGACACCUCUACUUGGACUUUGCUCGUGGUACAGAUGGUGCUCAAUUGCAGGUAAAUUCGUGAGAACCAAAGGAAAACAGAGGGGAUAAUUUGAAUUGAUAACAGGCAAUUCUGAGUCCUAACCGGCAAAAAAUAACCUUCAUUCAAAAUUUGUGCUCCAGUGAUGAUGCAAAACUGUGUGGUAUAAAAUUUGGUGCAUGCUAGUAUCUGGUUUUGUAUUGAAUGACCUCAUUUUUCUUAUAGCAUAAACUGUUGUUGACAUGUUUUGUAGGCCAUUACCUCUGUUGCAAAACGAGAAAAUAAACAUGUUUGAUUGUUAUAGUGGAGUUGUGGCACUUGCUUACUGUAGAUGAUAGUUAAUCCAUGGUUAUCAUUAAGAAUCUGAAUUGCUAAACGGCGCCCUUACCAGCAGGAAACUGACCUUAUUCAAAAUUUGUGUUCCAGUUUAUUAGUAGAAACAGUGGUAUUAAUGUUGAGUUUUUUUGAGUGUGGGUAUGUAUUGAAUAAUCUCAUUUUCUUAUAACUUAAAACUGUUGUUGACACGAUUUGAGUCCGUUAGCUCUAUUGCAAAACAAGAACAGACACAUUUGAUUGUUAUAGUGGAGUUGUGGUAUUUGCUUACUGUACAGGAUAGUAAUUUUCCACGUUUGUCAUCGAGAACACAUCUAUUGUCUAGGUGUGAACUGUAACUUCUGAUUAUGGACAAUUAUCAAUCAUGCUUAUUAUUGUUU